UCUCUGGCUCUCUCUGCCACAUCUCUGUCUCUUUCCCUAUCGAGUUUCCUUUGCUUCUCUCUGACUUCACUCGCUGCAACUUCUUCUCUUACAGUCACUCUUACUCUUACUCUGUGCCUAAAAUAAAGGGACAAACAAAAUUUUGUCGGUGAAGAAAAAUGGAUCUUGGAGGUUUGGUUUCAGGGUUGGUCUCAUAUUCAGUUUAUCUGAUGACCAGACCUUUCUUUUUCUGCAUAUCUGCAUGUGUGUUCUGUGUUAGAACAGCUCUUGUUACAACCUUUGUGUCUACUGAUAUGGUGAGCUCUGCUAUUUGGUUCAACUUAAGUAUGUUCUGGAGAGCUUUGUGGGGCACAAUCUGGGGAUCUGUUCUUCUCUUUACGUUUCCUAUUCGCUUCUUCGCUUCUAUACCAAGGGAAAGACUGCUUGAGCAGAGUAUUUAUGAGUUGCGGUAUGAGCUAGAGAGUCUUGAAUGGAAUAGAAAAGAAAUUGAAGACAAUCUUCGAGCAGCGAUCAAAGAAUAUCGAAUCAUGGAACGCGAGUUAGAUGAACUAGAAGAUGAAAAUGAAGAAGCCAGUUCCAGAAUCAAAAAGCUAGAGGCAGAGUUGCAAGAACUAAAGGAGGAAAAUCUUAAACUGAAGGAAGUUUGUGAAAAAGACUAUUGGAGCAAGAAAAGCAAAGUCAAAGCCGAGGAAGAACCGAGUGAGAUUCUUAGCACACCAAAGCCAAAGAAUAUCACUUAUGUGUCAAAGGGAAGAACCGAGUUUACAUCGGUUAAAUCACCUCUUUACCCGUUUGCAAAAUCGACAAUCCCUAAAGACGAAGAGCUAACACCAAGAGUUCUAGGUUUGGAGAGAGACAUUGCGGUUUCAAGAAGCAUGUUCAGCGCGAUGCUCGCUCUCGUGGUGGGUAUAGUAGUGUAUGGAGCCAAAGAACGGGAGCUUUGUACUCCACUCAUAGGUGCACUCUUCACUGUGGUUGGUAUCUCUUUGAGAAGUGUGGUUCAGUUUUUCAAAACGGUCAAGAACAAACCGGCUUUAGAUGCUGUUGCUCUUAUGAGUCUCAAUUGGUUUAUCGUUGGUACUCUUACUUACCCAACUCUACCGAGAAUUGCUCGAAUAGUGGUUCCACGAGUCUUUAGCACUGCUGGCUCGGUCUUGACUUUGCUCGGUCGUGGCUCGGUCCCGGUCCUCUCGCCGCCAGAGUUCGUGGACUAUGUUGGUUAAGUUUUUUUGUGAGUCUUUUUAUACUUCAAAAAUAUUUUUAGUACUUUUUCUUUGUGAAUUAUUCGAGUCUAGUCAAACCAGGAUCUAGUCAAACUAGGAUCUCAUAUAUUUUGUAAUAAAUAAUUUAUGAUGAUACUGUAUCUAUAAGUUCUGUGUAUAUGAUUUUAUGAUUAUGAACA